AUGUUGACCUAUUUCAGAUGGAGCGGAGACCCGAAUCGGCGCUUCUUUUUUGGAUUCGAUCAGGCUGAGAAGGAUCAGGGAUCGGUGCCAUUGGUGCUUUGGGGCCAUGGCGGUGGAAUGAUCUUGGGCAGUUGCAAAGAUUCCUGGAGCGCCAGCUUCAUGCUGGCCGUGCAGGCCAAGUGGGGUUCCUUUUGCUGGGCUUCGGUGGAAUACCGCCUGGCACCAGAGACCUGCACAAAUUCCCCGAUGCGGUGGAUGACUUCGAGACGGCCUUCCGGUCGUUAUCAGACGAGACGUUGGCCAAAGAGCUAG